AUGACAGAGGCUCGGCAGUACACCUGUGCAGGAGUAAUGGCCGGCAAGAUAUAUGUCUGUGGCGGUUGGGCUGGACCCCAACCUGUCCGAAGUGUGGAGUGCUUUGACCCAGAUUACUCGAGGUGGUCGCCCAUGCCGCCGAUGCUGGUAGCCAGGUGGGGAGCUGGAGCAGGCCGCAAAGACUGCUUUGCCAUGGCGUGCCAUCAGGAACAGAUUCAACAGUCCCAGUCGCGGGCGUAUGCCAUUUUGGAUGCUCAGGCCAACCUCCUUGGUGAGCGGGAGCUCCUGAAGAGGUCCUCGGCGUUGGCUCAGCAGACGGCCGCAGACCAGCAGCUGAGGUCCCAAGCGGCUGCCAUGGCCGUCUCAAGAAGUCUUGAAGAACAGCAGUCCUUGCAAAAAGAGCUCUCUUCGAUUCGCGCCUCUCUGUAUCAAUUGAGGAGUGCAUCUAUGGAGGUGCAAGCUAGCCGAAUGCGAUGUUCCAAGCAAGUUGAAGAGCUCGCACAAACGGCUUCUUUGCAAGAGAUGACGUGCAGACAGGACUUUGCGCGCUUGGAGGCAUACUUGCAUGAUGCUUCUGUGCAAAACAUCGGCAGAAAAUCUGCCGUCGAAGCGAAAAGUGCCGAGGCAUCCAAGCUGAUCAAACAUGCGCACGACUGUGCGGACAGGCGAGCUAGAGCUGAAGACCAGCUCCAGCAGACCUUGUCUGAACGGAUGUUGCGCGACAGGGUACUGGUGGCCAAAGUGAACGAAAUUGUUAACAAGCUGGAGAGAUCGCGAGCACUUCGCCACAUCCAAGAGCGAAGCCGGAGGAACCAAGUUGACGAGCUUUUGCAGCGCAUGUACACCAUGGCAUCUGCACCCACGCUCCUCUCUGACAACCCCUUUGUCGAAGAUGCUGGCGGUGUGAUCAACAAACGACUCUUCAUAUGUGGUGGCCUGGAUGAGAACAGGCAGCCUUUAAACUCGGUGGAGUGCUUCACUCCGCCAGGAGUUCCGAUGCAGCUCCUGCACGUCACUCCACGGGCGCAACAGACGUCAACUGGCAGCUGGCAGAGCGUCUCUUCAAUGGCAGAGAGACGUGGGUGGCCUGCAGCUGUGUCACUGCAAGGCCUACUCUAUGUCUGCGGUGGCCGAGAUGAACAGAGGGAGCCGCUGAGCAGCGUGGAGAGACUGAAUCAUCCACCGAGCAUUUGGCUUCCGCUUCCACCACUGUCUAGUCAGCGAGCAGGUGCGUCAGCUGCAGCCUGCGGUGGCAGGCUCUACGUAUGUGGAGGAGCAUUUGGUGCCCAGAUGCUCAACUCGGUGGAGCGCUACGAUCCCAAGGUUGGCACCUGGGAAACACUGGCACCGAUGUUGAAACGUCGCGCCUACGUCGCGGCCGCUGGUAUUGCUGGUCGAAUACACGUUUUUGGUGGCAGCGACGGUGGGCAGUGCCUUGAGACGGCAGAGCGCUUUGAUCCCGCCCUUGGCACCUGGAUAGAGCUGCCGAAUAUGACAGACAGGAGAUCUGGGGCCGCCUCGGUCGCUUUACUCAUCUGA